AUGAAUCUUGAUGAACGUGAAAUGAUUGUAAAUGCUAGGUCAUGUCAAUUUACAAGUACUUCAAAAAAGAUUGAUGACAAUCCUGAGCCUGCAAAACCUAUUGCAGUUGGUGAAGCAGCUGAUGCAAGAAGAAAAGGUGAUGUUUCAAAUCAAGAUGGAGCUGCAUCACAGGACCUCACAGAAAAAAAGCCAUUUACUGAACUUAAAAAUGUAGUACUGCCGUGUCUUGAAGUAGCAGCUGACCUUAUACAUGGAGGGAAAGAUGCAGUGAAGAAAGAGAAGCAGAUUCCGUUGUCUGAUACUACAAUAAGUCGUCGGUCUGUGAUGUUAGCAGAUGACCUGAAGGAACAGCUUGUUAAAAAAGUGCGUCUAGCCGCUUCGUUUGGCAUUCAACUGGAUGAAACCACAGACAUAGAAGGAGAAGCACAGCAGAUUGUUUACAGUCGGUUAUCAGACUUACAAGAGAAAACCAUUGUUGAACAUUAUUUGUGGUGCCUCCAACUGGCCGUAGAAACAACAGCACACAACAUUUUUCAGAAACUUCAUGAUUUCAUUAUUGAAGAGGGCAUUGACUGGGAAAUGUUAGUCGGAAAGCGACUGAAUGAAGCUAGAAAUGCUAAGGAGAAAAGUGACUUUGAGCUUCUACUUGAUGUUGUCAAAAUAGUUAAUCAUAUCUGUGCACAUGCAAAAAAGCAUAGAAUGUUUCGUGAGUUGUGUAAGGAUAUGGAAGCUAAUUUCACAAAACUCCUCCUUCAUAUUGAAGUACGUUGGCUAUCUCGGGGGAAGGUUCUUAAUCGAGUGUAUGCAUUGAGAGAGCAGCUCUGUGUUUUCUUUAUUGAGGAAGCAAACCCCAUGGCAGUUAAAUGCUAG